UUACUAACAUCAGUCAGACUCCAUGGAACACAGUGAUUACAGAUUUCCAAAUAUGAAGAUAGGAGUUUGAAGCAGAGUUGGAAAGACUCGCACCUCCGUUUGUUGGAGUCCAUUAUCAGCUGACUCCUCCCUCAGCCUGACAGCCGUCACCUCCUCACCUUCCUCCUCCGGCCUCCUCUGGUCACGUUGCUCCCUUCGCCACCGUCACAAUCAAAGUCGCUCCUCUUCAUUGGCUUCUUUGGUUCCCGAAUAUCAAAAUGACCGCCUGCGUGGACGGAGACGAUGACUUUCAGUUUCUACGAACGGGAGAUGAGGUGGUUCUGCAGAGUACCUUCACCUCUCACUCCCUUCACCUCUCGGCAGGAACAUGUGAAGUUCUGUCUGGCUGCAGAGGGAUUUGGCAGCAAACUCUGCCGACUGGAGUCCACGUCCAACCGCAAGAACGUUCCUCCAGAUCUGUCCAUAUGUGGCUUCAUCCUGUCCCAGUGUCUCUCCGUCCGAGCCCUGCAGGAGACGCUGGCCCACACUGAACACCUGGCUGCAGAGACAGGAGCUGGAGGAAACCACCGUACACUUCUUUAUGGCCAGGCUGUACUGUUCCUGCACUCGUACAGUGGCAUGUAUCUCAGCUGCUUGUCUUCGUCCCAGUCUUCAGCCGACAAACUGGCGUUUGAUGUCGGUCUGCAGGAGGAUAGAGCAGGUGAGGCGUGCUGGUGGACAAUCCACCCAGCGUCCAGGCAGAGGUCAGAGGGUGAGAAAGUGCGUGUGGGAGAUGACCUGAUACUGGUCAACGUGUCCUCAGAGAGAUAUCUGCACAUGUCCUUUGGUGCAGCCGUUGAUAACAGGAGCUUGAGUGACAGCCUGAUUGUGAAUGCAGCCUUCCAGCAGACUCUCUGGAGUGUUGCUCCCAUCUGCUCUGGAGGUGGAGUCGCUCCAGGAUACCUGAGAGGUGGCGAUACUCUGAGGCUGCUCCACAGCCACAGUGACUCCUGUCUGACUGUUCCCUCCACCGAGCAGGGAGAAGAGCAGCAAAGGAUGAUGUAUUAUGAGAGCGGCUCUGUCUCCAGCCAUGCACGUUCUCUCUGGAGGCUGGAGAUCCUCUACGUUGCUUGGAGUGGCAGACACACCCGCUGGGGUCAGCCUUUCAGACUGUGCCACGUGACGACUGGACGGUACCUGGGUCUGACAGAGGAGCGAGGCCUGCACCUGGUGAAUCGAGACAGAGCCGACGUCAACACGACCUCCUUCUGUUUCCGCUCCUCCAAGGAGAAGCUGGAGUCCAGCACCAAACCCAGUGCUGAUGGUAUGGGUGUCCCGGAGAUCAAAUAUGGAGAUUCCAAUUGUUUGGUUCAACAUGUUGACUCUGGGCUUUGGCUCACCUACCAAUCAUCUAGCGCCGUGUCAUCUCGUAUGGGAGUAACUCAGAGGAAGGCCGUUCUGCACGGUGAGGGCCACAUGGACGACGGGCUGACGCUGUCACGCUCUCAGACGGAAGAGUCCCACACGGCCAGACUCAUUCGCAGCGCUGUUCUUCUCUUUACUCGUUUCAUCAGAAACCUGGAAGGUUUCUGCCAUCCAGGAAGCCUGUCCAUGGAGACGGUCAAGUGUAGUCUACAGGAUCUAAUAAAGUACUUCCAGCCUCAACUGGAAGGACUAGGACACGGAGCCAGACAGAACGUGACAGCAGCUGUGAGGAAUCGCCAAAACAUGUUCCAAGAUGAGGGUGUGGUGGUUUUGGUGCUGGAUUGCAUUGAUCGUCUUCACCAAUACAGCUUUGCGUCACAUUUUGCUGAAACUGCUCAGAGUGAGUUGGGAGAAGAAUGGGAGACGACAAUCAGCAGUUUCUAUCAGCUCCUGGCUGCUCUGAUCCGGGGAAAUCGUGCAAACUGUGCACGUUUCUCAAGUUCCAUAGAUUGGCUGAUUGGUAGACUUGACCAAGUGGAGGCCUCUACUGGAGCUUUGGAGGUUCUUCACUGUGUACUGGUGGAAAGUCCUGAAGUUCUCAACGUAGUCAAAGAAGAACACAUCAACGCCAUCGUCUCUUUUCUAGAACAACACGGCCGUAGCCCUAAGGUUCUGGAGGUGCUGCGAUCUCUGUGUGUGUGCGCCGACGUGGCGGUGCGGUCCAAUCAGAACCACAUCUGUGACAGCCUGCUGCCAGACAGAGACCUGCUGCUCCAAACACGUCUGGUUAAUCAGGUCACCAGCAUGAGACCAAACAUCCUUCUGGCAGUGGGAGAAGAUUCCGCUCAGCCCCGCAGAUGGUACUAUGAGCUGGUGGUGGAUCAUGUUGACCCUUUUCUCACACCUGAUCCCACUCACCUGCGUGUCGGCUGGGCUUGCAACGAGGGGUACCACCCCAGACCCAGUGGAGGAGACGGGUGGGGGGGCAACGGAGUGGGAGACGACCUGUGUUCUUAUGGCUUUGACGGGCUUCACCUCUGGUCAGGCUGCGUUGGUCGCAGAGUCAACUCUCCCUGCCCUCACCUGCUGAAGAACGCCGACGUGGUCAGCUGCUGUCUUGACCUCACCGCUCCCUGCAUCUCUUUCCGGGUCAACGGUCUACCUGUGCAGGGCAUGUUGGAGAACUUCAGUGUCAGUGGCCCUCUUCACCCUGUGGUCAGCUUCUCUGCUGGAGUCAGGUUUCGGUUCCUGUUCGGGGGAAGACACGGAGAGUUCCGCUUCCUGCCGCCGCCUGGCUUUGCACCGUGCACUGAAGCUCUGCUGCCUAGAAUGAAGCUGAAAGUGGAGCCGUGUCAGAAAUACAUUUUGGACCAGGAGCUCGUCGGCCCCUCCAUGCCCGUCACUCCAGUGGUCUUCACUCCAGCACCAGUAGAUAUCAGCAAGACUCCUCUGCCACCUCAACUUGAGGACAUACGGGAGAAAAUGGCUGAGAACAUCCAUGAACUCUGGGCAAUGGACAAGAUAAAUCAAGGCUGGACAUAUGGACCUAUCAGAGACGAGAACAAACGACUGGAUCCUUGUCUGGUGGAGUUCUUCAGUCUCCCAGAGCAGGAGAGGAACCAGAACCUUCAGGUGGCCCAGGACACCCUCAGAACUCUUCUCGCCUUUGGAUUCCAAAUUGCUUUGACUGAUGACAGAGCUGCAGAAAAAGUCAAAUACACAAGACUCGGUAGCAGGUUUGAACUGCCCAGUGGCUACAGACCUGCCCCGGUUGACUUGAGUCAUGUUGCUCUGAGUCCAUCCCACGAGGACGUUGUUAACAUGCUGGCAGAGAACGAUCACAACGUCUGGGCCAGAGACAGAGUCAAACAGGGUUGGACUUAUGGGCCGCAGCAGGAUAUUAAAGCUAAGAGGAGCCCGUUCCUGGUACCUUACAGCCUCCUUGAGGAGAGGAGCAGGAAACUGGGCCGAGAGAAUGUGAGAGAUGCGGUCUGUACCCUGCUGGUCUACGGUUACAGCCUGGAGCCCCUCAGCCCAGAAUGGAACACAUCACACAGACGUCUUCAGUCUGUUGAGAAGUGCAGAGUGUUCCGACCAGAUAAAUCGUACGCUGUGAUCCAGGGAAAGUGGUACUUUGAAUUUGAAGUUCUGACAGCAGGGAGUAUGAGAGUGGGCUGGGCCAGACCGGGCUGUGGUCCUGAUAAAGAGCUGGGCUCAGAUGAUCAGGCGUUCACCUUUGAUGGAUCUGAGGCUCAGUGGUGCCACCAGGGUGCAGAACCCCUGGGACGGACAUGGCAGAAGGGUAAUGUGGUCGGAUGUUUGUUGGAUAUGGAUGAACGAACCAUGGUGGUCACGCUGAACGGAGAGGUGCUGUUUAAUGACAGAGGAUCUGAGCUGGUGGCCAAGGACUUCGAAGCCAAAGACGGCUUGCUGCCGGUGGUUAGCGUCGGUGUGAACCAGGUUGGCAGACUGAACCUGGGACGACACGCGGACUCUCUGCAGUUCUUCACCGUGUGUGGUCAGCAGGAGGGCUACAGACCGUUUGCUGCCAACAUGGCCAGAGACCCGGCUCUGUGGAUGAGCUGGAGACAGCCUCAGUUUGUCUCCAUCCAACCAGAUGAUCCCAACUUUCAGGUCACGAAAAUGAAUGCCCCCCCGGAGUCGUCUCCCAGACUCAGGGUCUCUGAGCGGGUGUUUGUCCAACAUGGUGAAGGCAGUGGGAUGACCUUCUACAGACUCAGCGUGGCGGUUGAUUGCGCCCCUGUCCUCAGCAGUCCUGCAGCCAACGUGCUGCCAUCGGUCGCCAACGCGCUGCCUCCAGGAAGGAGAGAUCAGGACGAAGUGGACUCUGACUUUGAAGUGCUGAUGAAGACGGCUCACAGCUUUGGCGGCUCAAGAGACGAGCUUAACCGCAAGGAUCACGGCCCAGACAAAACAUCCAGACUAAAGCAGAGGUUUCUGUUGAAGAAGUCUAAACCAGGCCUCGUCAGCAGCAACUCAUCAGCACGCCUCCUCGAAGACGUACUUGUUGACAGAGAUAACAAUCAUCGACAAAUACAGAACUCCAGAUAUUACUAUUCCGUCAGGAUUCUUCCAGGCCAGGAGCCGCUGAAUGUGUGGGUCGGCUGGGUGACCUCUGACUUUCAUGAUGAUGACAUGACAUUUGACACUGACUGUGUCAACACCGUGACUGUCACCCUGGGGGACGACAGUGGAAAAGUCCAGGAAAGCAUGAAGCGCUGCAGCUGCUACAUGGUUUGUGCAGGAGAAGCCACGGGUUUGACCCAGAGUCGAAAAAGUGCCGGUUUAGAAAUUGGCUGUUUGAUUGACACGUCCAUGGGGCUGCUCACGUUUACCUCCAGUGGAGUGGAGAUGACCACCUACUACCAGGUGGAGGCCAACACUAAACUGUUCCCUGCUGUGUUUGUGAAGCCUACGACCAGCAGCAUGUUCCAGUUUGAACUGGGAAGUAUGAAGAACGUGACUCCACUGUCAGGUCUGCUUCGCAGUCAAAGCACAAACACCUCUCCUCAGUGUCCUCCCAGGGUUCAGGUCCAACAGCUGAGCCCGGUCACAUGGACUAGAGUACCAGACCAGGCGUUACCGGUGUUGGUGGAGCGACCAGAUGAGCACUGUGGCUGGGCCGUGGAGUGUUCUGAGCCUCGGCAGGUCCUGAACCUACACAUACCUGAUGAAAACAGGAGUGUUGACAUUUUGGAGUUGUCUGAACUCGAUGAACUCCUGACCUUUCACCACCACACCCUCCUCCUCUACGCCUCCUUGUGCACCCUGGGGAACACCAGAGUGUGCCACGCCCUCUGCAGCCACGUAGACCAGUCCCAGAUCCUUCAUGCGGUUCAGAAUCCUAACCUGCCCGGUCCACUGCGCUCUGGUUUUUACCAGCUCCUCACUGAGAUUUACCUGAGUGGUCACACCACAGCCUGUCUCACCAUGAACCAGGAAUACAUCGUACCCAUGACCGAACAAACCAGACGAGUCGCCCUUCGUCCCAGCCCUGCUGACGCUGGUCGAACUCCUGCCACCAUUCCCAGCACACGUCUGAAACCACAGAUGCAUUUUUCAACUCCUUGUUUUGUGAGAGCGGAAGAAGAUGGUGAAAAAACGCUCUGCGGUCCAGAUAUUACCGACAGCCCAGAAAUGUCUCUGGACAUCCUGAAGAGUCUGACCGUGGAGAUGCUGACGGAAGCAGUGUGGGCCGUGGGUCAGGAUGUGAGGGAUCCUGUAGGAGGCAGCGUUGAGCUUCUGCUUGUUCCACUUAUAAGACUUUUCCACGACCUCCUUGUGAUGGGGGUGUUGGAGGACCAGGAUCUGGGAACAGUUCUGUGUCUCAUUGAGCCUCAGGUCUUCUCUGUCGAUGGUGAACCGUCUGAGGAAGACGGAAACGAUGUUUCUGCUAAAGGUCUUCUUCACAUGAAGCUUCCAGAGGCGGUCAAACUCGAGCUCUGCCGUCUGCUGUCGUACCUGUGUGACAGUCAGCUGGGUCACAGGGUCGAGGCCGUGGUCGCCUUUUCCGACUCCUUCGUGGGGCAGCUACAGGAGAACCAACGCUUACGCUACCACCAGGUCAUGCGGGCUUUUAACAUGUCUGCUGCCCUAACUGCACGGAAAACCAAGGAGUUCCGCUCCCCCCCUCAGGAGCAGAUCAACAUGAUGCUGAGCUUCAGAGAUGAGGAGCAGCAGGAGGACGGGUGUCCCUGUCCCGCGGACGUCCGACAGCUCCUGCUGGACUUUCACCGCAGCCUGAGCGCACACUGUGGAGCUGAAUUACACAGUGACUCAGAGGGUGAAGAGGAAGCUGAGAUGUCUGUAAAAGAUUGGCUGCUCAGUCUGGUGGUGAGAGGCUCCGAAGCGGCAAAGUCUUCAGCAGAAGUCGAGGAGCGGAAACUGCAGAGAGACAAACCCCUCCAGAAGCUCGUCUCUGAGACCAUGGCACGGUGGACUAAAGACAGUGACAUGGAAGACCCUGAACUGGUCAGAGCUGUCUUCUCACUGCUGCACCGCCAGUACCAGGGUCUUAGUGGUCAAAUGUCAGGGCCUCUGACCAGAGCCUACACCAUCAGCCAGGCCUCCGUGGACGACACCACGGCUCUUCUCUCGUCUCUGGCCCAGAUCCGCUCCCUGCUCAGUGUCCGCAUGGGGAAAGAAGAGGAGAAGCUGAUGAUCAGAAGACUUGGAGACAUCAUGAAUAAUAAAGUUUUCUAUCAACACCCGGAUCUAAUGAGAGCGCUGGGGAUGCAUGAGACGGUGAUGGAGGUGAUGGUUAAUGUUCUCGGGGAAGGAGAGUCAAAGGAGAUAGUCUUCCCCAAGAUGGUGGCGAGCUGCUGUCGGUUCCUUUGCUAUUUUUGUCGCAUCAGUCGUCACAACCAGGGGGCGCUGUUCGAGCAUCUGAGCUACCUGCUGGAGAACAGCAGUGUUGGACUGGCGUCACCGUCCAUGCGUGGAGCCACUCCUCUGGACGUGGCUGCGGCCUCUGUAAUGGACAAUAACGAACUGGCCUUAGCACUGAAGGAACCAGACCUGGAGAAGGUGGUGCACUACCUGGCCGGCUGUGGUCUCCAGAGUUGUCCACUGCUGCUGGAGAAAGGCUACCCUGACAUUGGAUGGAACCCCGUGGAGGGAGAGCGAUACCUGAACUUUCUGCGUUUCGCUGUUUUCUGCAAUGGUGAGAGUGUGGAAGAGAACGCCUACGUGGUGUUGAGACUGCUGAUCCGUCGGCCCGAGUGUUUCGGUCCUGCGCUGCGAGGUGACGGAGGUCAUGGCCUCCUGGCAGCCAUGGAGGAGGCCAUCAACAUCUCUGAGGACCUGACCAUGGACGGACCCUGUCCAAAAACCCAGAGCAGCAGAACACAGGCUGCUGCUCAGGAGCGUGAUGAUGAGGAUGUGGUUCACAUGGGUCACGCCAUUAUGAGCUUCUAUUCAGCCCUGAUUGACCUGUUGGGUCGAUGUGCUCCGGAGAUGCACUUAAUUGAAGGAGGUAAAGGAGAAGCCAUUCGCGUCCGAGCCAUUCUGAGGUCACUGGUUCCCAUUCAGGAUCUGGAGGGAGUUGUGGGUCUUUCCUUUCAAAUCCCCUCAGUGUCAAAAGAGGGUGUGCUGGUGGAGUCAGACCUUUCUACACUCUUCUGCCCCGACCAUAAAGCCGCCGUGGUUCUGUUUCUCCACCGCGUUUACGGCAUCGACGACCAGAACUUUCUCCUCCACCUCCUAGAAGUUGGUUUCCUACCUGACCUUCAGGCUGCCGUUUCACUUGAUGCUGCUGAUCUAGGCUCCACCGACAUGGCACUGGCGCUCAACCGAUACCUGUGCACGUCUGUUCUUCCUCUGCUCAUCAAAUGCUCGCCUCUCUUCUGCGGCUUAGAUGACCACACCAAGUUGGUGGACGCUCUGAUCCAGGCCGUCUACAGCCUGUCCAGAGCUCUCAGUCUGACCAAGGCUCAGAGAGACACAAUAGAGGACUGUUUGUUGGCCGUGUCCAGUCAACUCCAACCGUCCACGCUGCAGAGUCUUCUCCGUCGCCUCGUCUUUGAUGUUCCUCGUCUGACUGAUCACAGCAAGAUGCCACUCAGGCUCCUGACCAGUCACUAUGAGCAGAGGUGGAAAUACUUGCUGAACGGCGGCCAAGGUGAUCAAAGAACCGCCUCUGUAGAGGAGCUGCUCCUUUCAACAACACUGUUCUGGGGGGUGUUCAAAGCCCUGGCCAAAAAGCCUUACAGGCCACAGUUGUUCAGCCUCUGUGUCCAGUGUCUGGCGGCCGUGGCCAAAGCUCUCCCUCCUGGCCACAUGGAUUUGAACUUUGUAUCUCAGAUGGAGAGAAGAACCUUCGUGGACACAGACGGACACUUUGACCCCCAGCCUGUGGAAACGUCCAGCAUUUCUGUGCCAGAGAGACUUGAAUUUGUGGUGAACAAGUAUGCAGAGCACACACAUGAGAAGUGGUCACUGGACAAGUUUGCAAAUGGAUGGGUUCACGGAGAGCAGCUGUGCGAGAACAACAAGGUUCACCCUCUCCUGAAGCCUUACAGGGCGCUGGCUGAGAAGGAGAAGGACUCGUACAGGUGGUCCAUCAAAGACAACAUUAAAACCAUGCUAGCCUUCGGAUGGAACAUAGAGCGAACCAAAGAGGAUGCGACUCAGGCUCAUACCUGUGCACGCCGAGUCUCUCAGUCUGGUCAGUUGUCCUUCGAAGGAGCUUCAACCUUCAGUCCCAAACCAAUGGACACGAGCAGCAUUACUUUGUCCUGGGGACAGUGUGCUAUGGCUGAACAGUUAGCUGAAAACUACUACAAUGUCUGGGCAAAGAAGAAGAAAUCAGAGCAUGAGUCUAAAGCAGGGGGCGCUCAUACAGGACUGGUGCCUUUUCACACCCUAACUGCCAAGGAAAAAAACAAAUUUAGAGACAGAGCGCAGGAUAUUCUCAAGUUUCUUCAUCUUAAUGGCUACACAGUGUGGAGAGAUCCUAAGAGCGUGGAGCUGGACUUUCCCGCCUCAUCACACUGCUUCAGCUACAACCUCCUCCAGCAGUUUCUGCGUCACAUGGAGGAGACGCAAGAACACAUAUUAGAACUGGAGGUGAUGCAGGCCAGAGGACAGAUGGGGAAAGGAGAGAAGGUUCCACACAAGCAGCAGAUUCAGUUUUUUUCCAAGGUCGUCCUUCCUCUUUUGGAGCAGUACGUGAAAAGCCACCGUCUGUAUUUCCUCUCCUCCAGCGGCAGCAGAAGCCACGCUUCAAAAAAAGAGAAAGAGAUAAUUGCACGCCUCUUCUGUAAGCUGGCAGCCUUAGUCAGGCACAGAGUCUCACUUUGUGGAAUUGAUGCGUCCUUCGUUGCAAACAGUCUCUGUGUCCUGGCUCAGUCUCUGGACGUCAGGUUACUGAUGCAGUUCUCUUCAGAGUUCAUCCAAGCGUCUCUGCACUCGUUCUUUGACGCAGCUGCAGUUGAUCUCCAGACUUGUUUGGAGAACCUCUCUGUGACGUCAGUGUCUCCGCCUCAGGGAAGGAGUCAACAUGCGAGAGGCGUGGCCAAAGUUCUCGCUUACACGAUCUCCAUCCUCCUCCCUACUCUCACGUCACUCUUUCAACAUGUUGCCAACCAGAACUACGGAGUUGAUCUGCUGGUGGGGAGUAUCCAGGUGUCCUGUUAUAGGAUCAUCAACAGCCUCCACUCACUUGGCAGCAGCGGCGGGCGGCAGAGGCCAGGAGCAGGUGCUUGUCUGGCAGCCCUGACCGCUGCCUUCCCUGUGUGUUACCUGGAGCCAGCCCUCAAUCCAAACAACCCUUAUUCCAUUUACAACACUCUGAGCGCUACGGAGAGAGAAGAUCUGGGUCUGUCAGAGGAGGCGCUGGACGUCUGUUCACUCCUGCCGUCUCUGGAACAGGCCGUGAAUGAAGUGGAGGAGUUAGCCGCUGCCGGAGCGCUAGCCGGACAUCCCAGCUUCUAUCAUGUUGUAGACGUCACCAUCCCCAUGUUGUGCAGCUACAUGUCCCGUUGGUGGCCACUGGGCCCGGAGGGUGUAGCCGGGUGCCAGAUGUUCACCUCCGUCACUCCCGGGCACGUCAGUGACCUCCUGGGCCACGUUCUCCGCAUCAUCCACAACCACGUGGGCACCAGCCAGGGAGACUGGAUGAAGCAGUUGGCAGUGUUUUCCCAGCCCAUCAUAUGUAAAGCUUCUCCGGAGCUGCUGAAAAGCCACUUCCUCCCACUGAUGGAAAAGUUGAGGAAAAAAGCCGAGUGUUUGCUGCUGGAAGAGGAGAAAGUGAAAGUAGCAGGAAGUUGUGGCUCUGAUGCAGAGCUGUUGAUACAGGAGAGGUUCACUGUCCUGGUGCGAGACCUCUACGCCUUUUAUCCUCUCCUCAUCCCAUUUGUUGAUUCUCACCGAGCCAGUUGGUUGACGGUGUCAAACCCUGAGGCGGAGCAGCUGUUCAGCAUGGUGGCUGAGGUCUUCAUAUUCUGGGCCAAAUCUCACAAUUUCAAAUGGGAGGAACAGAACUACGUGGUACAAAAUGAAAUUAACAACCUGGUCUUUUUAGUCAACGGAGACAAAACGUCCAAGUUCCACCAGGAGAGGAGGAUGAAGAGGAAGGGCGAUCGCUAUUCCAUACACACGUCGCUCAUUGUGGCUUCAGUGAAGAGACUGCUUCCUGUGGGACUCAGGGCUUGUUUUCCAAAUGAGCAGAACCUUAUCAAGAGCGGCUUCACACAGAAGAAACCUGAAGACGAGAUUCGAGAGCAGGUCCUGCGUUCCCUCCUCCAGCUUCACAGUCAGGAAAGCCUUCCUGCAGAGCCUCCAGUGGAGACGGCGACUGAGCUUCAAACGACUGUGGACAGAAUCAUGGAGACAGCGUGUGUCCUUCAUCACCUCGAGCAGGUGGAACACCCACAGAGGAGUAAAAGACAGACGCGACACAGGGUUCUUUCUAAACAAAGGAAACGAGCAGUGGUGGCCUGUCUGAGGAUGGCUCCUCUCUACAACCUCCCCAGACACAGAGCCGUCAACCUGUUUCUGCGAGGCUAUAAUAAAUCCUGGAUUUCAGCUGAGGACCGCAGCUCUGAGGAGAAGCUGGUGGAGGAUUUAGCCAGGGGACGAGUGAUGGAGCCGCGUAAUCACCACACAAUGGGAGAAAAGGAUGAAGGCGAAGGUGCCAAAGCCAUCGAUCCACUCCUGCAACUCAUCACAUUCUUCAGUCGUAGCGCCCUCACCGACAGCAGUAACCUUGGCAAUGACAGCCUGUACAUGUCCUACGCUGCUCUCAUGGCUAAGAGCUGCCACAGAGAGGACGACGGUGAGAAACCGGAGGUGGAAAGCUUUGAAGAGAAGGAGAUGGAGAAACAGAGGUUACUCUACCAGCAGGCCAGGUUGCAUCUGCGUGGAGCCUCAGAGAUGGUCCUGCAGUCUAUCAGCGCCAGCAAAGGUUCCAUGGGGUCCAUAGUUGCCCCCACCUUGAAGCUGGGUAUAGCCGUCCUCAAUGGAGGAAACCUGACAGUUCAACAGAAAAUGCUGGAUUACCUCAGAGAGAGGAGGGAUGUUGGCUUCUUUCAGAGCAUGGCCGGACUCAUGCGGUCAUGCAGUGUUCUGGAUCUGAACGCAUUUGAGAGGCAGAACAAAGCAGAGGGAUUAGGCACGGCCUUGGAGCAGCUCUCAGGGGACAAAGUGAUGCCUGACAAGGAUCUGACCUGUGACCUGUUCCGAUUUCUACAGCUGCUGUGUGAAGGACACAACUCAGAAUUUCAGAAUUACUUGAGAACACAGUCAGGAAACAACACCACUGUGAACAUCAUCAUAUCCACAGUGGACUAUUUACUGAGAGUGCAGGAGUCGAUCAGUGACUUCUACUGGUACUACUCUGGUAAAGAUGUCAUCGAUGAACAUGGCCAACACAACUUCUCCAAGGCAAUCGAAGUGUCAAAACAAGUCUUCAACACACUCACUGAGUACAUCCAGGGUCCGUGUACUGGGAAUCAGCAGAGUCUCGCUCACAGCCGACUGUGGGACGCCAUCGCUGGAUUCCUCCACGUUUUUGCCCACAUGCAAAUGAAGCUGUCGCAGGAUCCGAGGCAGAUUGAUCUCCUGAAGGAGCUGAUGGAUCUCCAGAAGGACAUGGUGGUGUUUCUACUUUCCAUGCUGGAAGGUAAUGUUGUCAACGGGACUAUUGGAAAGCAAAUGGUGGACAUGUUGGUGGAAUCUACGGGUAAUGUGGAGAUGAUCCUCAGGUUUUUUGACAUGUUCCUCAAGCUUAAGGACUUCACCUCCUCCGAUGCCUUCAGGGAGUACAACGCUGACCACAGCGGAUGCAUAUCCAGGAAAGAGUUUCAGAAAGCCAUGGAGAACUGCAAACGUUUCUCAGCAGCCGAGACUAAUUUCAUCCUCUCCUGCACCGAGACGGACAAAAGUGAAACCGUGGAUUACAAGUCUUUCGUGGAAUGUUUCCACGAGCCGGCCAAAGACAUCGGCUUCAGCAUCGCUGUCCUGCUCACAAAUCUGUCGGAACACAUGCCCAAAGACUCCCGGCUGCAGACGUUCUUGGAACCGGCGGCGUGCGUCCUCACUUACUUUCGGCCCUAUCUGGGCCGCAUCGAGAUCCUGGGCAGCGGGAAGCGGAUCGAGCGUGUCUACUUUGAGAUCAGCCAAUCCAGCCGCACACAGUGGGAGAAGCCGCAGGUCAAGGAGUCCAAGAGGCAGUUUAUCUUUGAUGUCAUCAACAAAGCGGGAGAGAAGGAAAAAAUGGAAAUGUUUGUUAACUUCUGUGAAGACACCAUCUUUGAAAUGCAACUGGCAGCCCAAAUAUCUGACUCUGACCCGGGAGAGAGAAAUGCAGAGAAUGGACAAGAUGGAAACAGCACCAACAAAGAAGAAGAAGAAGCUGAAACAAAGGAAAUGUCUUUUUUGGGUCAGUGGUUUCUGCUGCUAACAGGUCUGUUUUCUUUGACGAACCUAAAGACGUUAAUGAGAAUGACUCUGAAGGAGGUUCUGGUGUCGGUUCUGAGCCUGGUAAAGGUAGUUUUAAAGGCUCAGGUGCGGUGGAGUUGUCUGGUGAUCCGGACAUUCCUGUACGUCCUUUUCAUAGUUUUUGUCAGCGGAGGUCUCAUAGAAAAAGCCAAAAGGAUGAAGAUUUCAGAUCUGUUCGCUGGUAUCCUUGAGCCAACCCUUGAUGAGGUCACUAACGUGCCAAGUGGUGUGAAUCGGCUCAGGAAGUACUCGGCCUGUUUCUCCUCCCAGACAGAAUUGAGGGAGAUUGGAAAGGAGGCAGCUGUGACCCCCCGGAGGGAGGUGGAGGUAGUGUCAGACAUAUUUGGACUGAAAGUGAAGAAAGAAGGAGGUCAGUACAGAAUUAUGGCUCAAGACCUAACAGGUAGCCUGAGUGACCUGUUCAGCAUCACCUCUGUGGACUUCCAUGGAACGCAUCAGAAGAAGGUUCACACUGUGGCAGAAGAAAAUGCAGAAAAUACAGGAGGGUCUGAAAAGGAGGAAACAAACAUAAAUGAAGGAACAGAAUUGGACCAGAAGAAUUUGAAUGAGAAACCGGAGGCCGAAAGAGGAGUUAAAAUACGACCUAAUAAGUCAAAGAGCCGUCGGUCGGUUUUCUGGGAGAUGAUACACACGUUGAAUCUCAGUCUACUGAACUACUUUGCAAGAAAUUUUUACAACAUGCGUUUACUGGCCCUUUUUGUGGCCUUUGCCAUCAACUUCAUCCUCCUCUUCUACAAGGUAUCACCCUCGCCUGCACCACGGGUGGAGGAGGAAGGUGCGGUCACAGCGGUUCACAGCACGGUCGAGGGUUCUGUCGCCGAAGACCACGACGAGGCCAGAGUUUGUUUUGUUUUGGAGGAGACCAGCGGAUACAUGGAGCCGUCUCUCUGCCUCUUCGCCGUGGCUCACACCAUUAUCUCCUUCUGCUGUAUUAUCGGUUAUUACUGCCUGAAGGUACCGCUGGUGAUCUUCAAGCGUGAGAAGGACGUAGCACGGAGGCUGGAGUUUGACGGACUCUACGUGACGGAACAGCCCCCCGAGGAGGACAUCAAAGGCCAGUGGGACCGACUGGUCAUCAACACACCGUCAUUUCCAAGUAACUACUGGGAUAAAUUUGUAAAGAGAAAGGUGAUGGAUAAGUACGGUGAGCUCUACGGUCAUGAGAAGAUCAGUGAACUGCUGGGUUUGGACCAAUCAGCUUCAGACUUCAGUUCUGGGAGAAAAGGAAGGAAGUGGCUGAAGAGGGACUCGGGUAUUGGUGCACUCUUCCCCUCUGCUGACAUCAAAUAUCAGAUCUGGAAACUUGGAGUUGUGUUCACCGACCAUUCCUUCCUGUACCUGGCCUGGUACAUGGCCAUGUCAGUUCUGGGUCACUACAACAACUUUUUCUUUGCGGCCCACCUCCUGGACAUCGCCAUGGGCUUCAAGACACUUCGCACCAUCCUGUCCUCUGUCACACACAAUGGGAAGCAGUUGGUCCUGACUGUUGGAUUGUUGGCAGUCGUCGUCUACCUCUACACCGUCGUGGCCUUCAACUUCUUCAGAAAAUUCUACAAUAAGAGCGAUGACAACGGCACUGAAGACAUGAAGUGCAACGACAUGCUUACUUGUUACAUGUUCCACAUGUAUGUGGGAGUGCGUGCUGGCGGAGGCAUCGGUGACGAGAUCGACGACCCCGCCGGAGAUGAGUUUGAGGUGGAGCGUAUUGUCUUUGACAUCACGUUCUUCUUCUUUGUCAUCAUCAUCCUCCUGGCCAUCAUUCAGGGUUUAAUAAUUGAUGCCUUUGGGGAGCUCCGUGACCAGCAGGAGCAGGUGAAGGAGGACAUGGAGACCAAAUGUUUCAUAUGUGGGACAGGAAGUGAAUAUUUCGACACGGUCCCUCACGGGUUUGAGACCCACACCCUGCAGGAGCACAACCUGGCCAACUACCUGUUCUUCCUGAUGUACCUCAUUAACAAGGAUGAAACUGAACACACGGGGCAGUGAUCCUAUGUGUGGAAGAUGUACCAGGAGCGCUGCUGGGAAUUCUUUCCUGUGGGGGAUUGUUUCCGUAAACAAUACGAGGAUCAACUGGGAUG